AUGACACUCAGCUACUUCACAUUGUCUGCAGAGAAAGACAUGAAAGCAGAGGGCCAAUGGAGCAUAACUUUCGGCGACCCAAGGUGGGACCACUCAACACUCGGUGUGUCAAGAAAAUCCCACAGAGACUUUUACAAAGUCAGGACCUUCCUUCUCAACAAAAUUGAAGUGAGGGCAAUUUCCUAUUAUAUGCGAAGAGAGACGACAAAGAAAACUCUGACAAAGAGAAAUGCAGCACUACUUUCACAGCGCAACGCAAUUUUUUCGAAUCCCAGAUAA